UCCAAAAAACUUCAAAAAGCAAACGGCUGGCGGGAGAGGAACCCUAAGGCAGAUACAGCUACAGUACAAUACAAUGCAUUUGAUAACUACCAAGAAAAUGAUGGAUUUAAAAACAAUCCUUUCUUCCUCGUUAGUUACGCUUAAAAAAAGUUCUAUUUCUUAUAAAAUCUUCAAUGGCUUCACACUUUCUUCUCUUUUUCUCUUUUUAACUAUUGUUUUUUUCUCUGCGUAACUUCAAUGGCUUCCCAUUUUUCUCUGCAACUGCUCAAGCCAUUUCACUUCUCAAAGUCUCUUGGAUCAAAAAGCAGAAGUGACGCUGAUGUGCCCAGCUUCUUAAAAUUGAACAAGAAGGAAUGUAGGAAUUUUCUCUUUCAGGAGAAUAGAGUUUCACUUGAAUUUUUAUUUGCACAUUACACAUCUUCACGCUGUGUUUCUCUGAGAGCAUUAUCAUCUGGGGUUUCUUCUACCUCUGGUGAAGAAAAUGAUGGCGUCAGUAGUGCAGCUGUGGCUAAAGUUGACAAUAAUGAAAUAGAGUUCAAUCGUAUAAAUUGUCUUGUAUGGGUAUUGCAUGAAUCUGCUGCAAGCUUCUCCCUAGCAGUUCAGUCACUUGGACUGCCAGGAAGUGGUGCAGAGCUUGCAAUGGCUUGGAAUGGGAAAGAUGUCCAUGAAUGGCAUAAAAUUAUUGCCUAUCAGGUUGCUGCUUAUGCUUUGUUGAAAACGGCAAUUGAAGUAGAGAGUCUGCUUUCACUCGAUCGACACCACAACGCAUCACUAGUUAAAAAAAUCUUGACCCCAAAGAUAAACUUGAUGGAGGAAUACAUUGAAGGUCAAUUGAAACUGAAGCAUGAAGACUUAGUAGAAUGGUUUAGAGUGGUAGAAUUGCCUCAUAUAGCAGGUUUUUUCAUUCCCUUGCUGAAGAAGUGGUCCAUGGAAUAUGCUGGAAGUGGUGUUGCAGGAAUAAUUGUAGCAAUAAGCUGCUGUGCUGCUGUUGGGAAACUGGGUUCUAGAAGAAUUUCUUGUCCUAUGUCUACGUCAACAAUUGAUGAUGUAUUAAUAGAGCUGAUGGAUCUUUCACACAGUCUUGUUGAAGUGGAAAAGUUGCACCAGUUAGCAAUUGAGGCAGGAUUUGAACUCAACUUCUUGUCACAUUUUGGAGCAAAGGUUCUGCCUUGCAACGAAAUUGAAGAACUAGAAUUCUGGAUUGGGUUAGCUCAGCGAAAACUCUCAGUAGCAUUCUCCAAAGAAACUAUUGUUAAAGACACGAAAAGCUCUCUUGAAAAGGUUCAGGCAGACAGUUUGGCUACUCUUGGACUUUUUGCAUAUUUGGGAAGGAAGACUAGACUUUUCUUGUCAAGAAUGAGUGUUAAAGAUCUCGAUGAACUGGUUAAAGACUUCCUCGAUUACUUGGAGUGUAGCAUCCUUUUUAUUUACCCUGAAUUUGCUUCUGUAUCAGCAUAUGAAUGUUUCAUGGAGGUAGUAAAUGAAGAAAUUGGAUGGCUUGAUUUCUAUGCUACAUGUAGUCCUCUGAGAAAUCAAGAAAGGAAAAGGUCACAGUUCAAAAAAAAAGAAAGGAAAAGGUCAAAGCAGCAUCCAAUCCAAGCAGAGAAAGAGAUUAUCCUAUCCACAGUAUUUACUGUUUGCUAUGAUGUCUUCUCUGGCUUUGCUCACUUCAGCCGUUCAACUCAACAGCCCUUAGAUGCAGAAUCACUGGAAUUCUUGCUGCGGAGCCAAAGCCUGUUAACUGUAUGUCUGGAAGAUUACCGGGCUGUUUAUGAUAGAUCCUGUGAACUGCGGAAGAUAGCGGAUGGAGGUACCUCUGAUCACACACUGUCUGCAGGAACAAGGGCCACAAACAAAUUACCAGUUGCAUUGGAAGUACAACAGAAGCCAAGUGAGUUGAUGCGACAGGGAUGCUUACAAAUUAAAUCUCAAGAAGGCACUAAGCUGAGAAAGGAGCAGGCUGGUAGCUCUGCUGUGACAGAAGUAGUAAGCGUUGCAGAGGUCCCCGAAACCUCCACUAACUCAAGUUCUCUGCAUCAGAGUUUACUUAAGAGAUAUGGAGUAAAAUUAGCGUCUACAAGUUCUGAUGUAUGGAUGGGAACCCAGUUGCUGUUUGUAGACAUCAUUGAUACUAUGGAAUUACUCUUGAAGCAAAUGCGCGGCCACAAAGUUUCUAGAAGGGAAAGAAGGAAGUUGAAGAGAACACUAAAUGACAUUGCUACACUUAUCCCAAUUACAAUUCUCAUGCUACUUCCUGUAUCUGCAGUAGGUCACGCAGCCAUGCUAGCCGCCAUAAAGAAAUACGUGCCAAAUUUGGUAAUGAUUCCUUCUCCAUACUCUUCCGAGCGACUUGAAGUAGUGAAGCAACUGAACAGGGCUAAGAAGAUGGAAAUUCGAUCGUGGAGCAACCUUCAAGAUCCAUCAUCUAAUAUCAACCUUGAGGAGUCAUCUGCUAAUCCUACUGUCCAAUGAACCUUUUGUGCUAUAGUUGCCCUCUCCAGAAUGCCUAUAUUAUUUAUGCACAGUUCGUAAAUACACGAUACAUGAUACUGAUUCAUACACAAGCCUAAUUUAACUUCACGUCUUCAGGGUAUAGUUUGAUAUCCAUUUUCUUCUGGUCUGCGUAUGCGUGUAAUUUCUUUAAGAGGUAAUUACUAUUUGCCUCUUAUGUUUUUUCAUAUUAUACUAAUUAUUCUCUAACAUUUAAAAUA